UUAGUGCUAAACUCAGUUGCCUGUUGGAUCCUGUCUAGCUAGCAAUCGAAUGACUUUUCCCCCAGCAAAUUUCAUGCUCCAAACUCCUCAUGAAGAAGAUCAUCAUCACCCCCAAAGUUCCACCAAUCAAAUGCUUUCAUCAUGCACACACCAAGACUUUCAUGGCAUUGCAUCAUUUCUGGGGAAGAGAUCGAUAUCGUUUUCUGGUAUUUAUGCAGACGAAGAAGCAAACGGGGAGCGAGAGUCGUUAGCAAUGCAAGACAUACAGUCGAUCGUAGGCAGCAGCAGCGAAGGUGAAGGAGCUCAGAAGCAAACAACGAACCAACCUCCCUUCCAGUUUCUCCUUCCUUCAAUUCACACUUUGCCUCUCCAAAGGGGUCGGUGAGGAAUCUGUCUAGAAAACGUGAAAACGGAGCAGCCCAUAGCAGCCAUGGUCACCGCCGCUUUAGACAGGGAGAGACUUUCCAGAUUUUACAAAUCCUUUCCUUUCUUAUACUAUGCUUAAUACUUUUAUUAAAACAAUAUUCAGGGCAGAUUCUUAUGGUCGAUUCUCCUGCCAGUAGCUAGUCUCUUAUUUUUGGGUCUUCUCCAACAAUUACUUAUUUUCUACUGGAAAAUUUUUCUCUUUUUCUCGGGAGACGUGGGAUUGAAAAGCUGGGAGUUUUGGUGAUUGAGCUCUGCUAGCCUCUCGUAUCACUCUUCAGCAUGAACAACCAAUAUGGUGAUGAUCAAGAUGAAGAAAAAGUCUUUGGGUUUGAAGUUCCAAGAUCACCUGAUUCAAGUUACAAUAAUGCAUACCCUGGGAGUGAAGAUGACGCACGUGACCCACCAGUUGUCCCUCCACACCUGCAUCGUUCGUUGCUUAGCUACCCCUUAAGUCUGAAUGCUUCUGGGAGUACGCCUUUGCCAGAAAAUGUGAUUCUAAAUCAUAUUUACAUUGAGAAUCGAGAGGCACCUAGAUCUGUAGUGGCACUUGGGUUUACUCAUCGUUUUCGUUCAAAUUCUAUAAUGGAUACUCGUAAAAGAGGAAGUCGUAAAGCUGGGUUCAACGUUAAUGGCGGAAUUAAGAAUUCUAGACCCGCGCUGCUGGUUGCUAAUUUGGUGAGAGCUGCCAUUUCCAACAAUAUGUUCCUGGAGGUUACAAUGCAGUGGCCCAGAUGAUGAACCUUGCAUCAGUUAUUCCACCAGCUUCGAGAAACCUGGCAUCAACAGCUGCCACACCACAGGGCUCUGCCUCGGCAGUCAAGUCUCGCACGUGCAACAACUUUAGUAGCCCCGAAUGUUGUAAGUAUGGUGAGAAAUGCCACUCUCCAUCACUUCAUCGCUCAAGCUUCCCUGACUGCCUCUCAACUACAACCUGACAUCAGCGUCAGUGGACUUUUUGCAACAUACAUCAGAUGAAGGCUCUGCCCAGGGGAUCGAUUUCGACUGCCUACUCAAAUCCUGCAACCGAGUGCGCGUUGCUAAGCACUUGCAUGCCCUUGUUGAUGUUUCGGGGAAAGCUCAAAGUGUCUUUUUCUCUGGCAAGCUUGUUGAUGUCUCAUUCGCGCGUCGCACAUUCGAUCACUUUUGCUCCUGUACUUAAAGCUUGUUCAGAGCUUUCAGCUAUGCUCGUAAAUUGUUCGAUGAUAUGCUGAUAUGAAAAAAUGGACAUAAGUUUGUCUUUAAUGGCCGUAUCCGGGCAGUGAUAGCAGUAAUCGAUUUGGCUAAGAGCUGGGCUAGUAUCAUCAAGAAGAACCAGAACCAAGCUUCGAACAAUUUGAGGAACAUCAGUCGAAGCUUUUGGAGACCCCCCUCGCCCUGGAUGUGUAAAGCGCAAUACCGACGGUGGUGUUAGCCCAACGACAAUGAAUGCAACCAGUGGAGGAGUGUUGCGCAAUGAAAAUGGGAACUGGAUUCGAGGGUAUA